AUUAUGGGUAAACACUCUUCAUUUCUCACAAUUAAUUGAAUAGAGAUUUCCUUCAAGAGAUAUCACCUAAGAUUGCUUAGUAGACUCAAAUUUUUGAUAAUUUACUACGAAAUCAGGUGGCCUAAUUUAGGAAUUUAUGAAAGAAUCGAAAUAUCAAGUGAUGGAUCAGACAACAAGAAGAUAUUAGUCAGAUGCUAUUCUUCCGAUUCCCACCGCAAUGGGCACUUUACUAUUAACAACAAACUAGACGUAGACAUCAGUGCCAAGAGAGGCGAGGUGUUUUCUCUAUCCAUUUUGGCUAUUUCAGAAUACUCAUAG